AUGAAGCCAAGUUUCAGCUGUCUCUGCUUCUUCUUCCUCCUCUGUUUAUUACAAUGCGGAGCUUCUGGUACAGUGCAGCAGGGAGAUGCUCUGAACAAGUUCUACUUUAACAACAGAGCAGGGAGGUCUUUUUCUUCAUGGCCUAGUAGUCUCCUUUCAGUAUCCAACCUGGAGUCUAAGGUCUACGACAAUAGCAAACUGAAGGAGGGCGACAAGGUUGUUCGGCUACCCGGCCAACCGGCCGGCGUGCAUUUCGAUCAGUACGCGGGAUAUGUCACCUUCUACAAACCCAACAGUCGGGCUCUGUUUUACUACUUCGUCGAGGCUGCCGAGAAUAGCGGGUCGAAGCCUCUUGUGCUCUGGCUCAAUGGAGGACCGGGUUGUUCGUCGUUGGGGUACGGCGCCAUGGAGGAGCUCGGGCCGUUUCGGGUGAUGAGCGAUGGCAAGACUCUGUACAAGAAUCCCUAUGCUUGGAACGAAGUGGCGAACGUCUUGUUCCUCAAGAGCUUCGCCGGCGUCGGCUUCUCCUACUCCAACACCACGUUGGACUACGCCAAGAGCGGAGACCGUAGGACGGCGAUCGAUGCGUUGAUUUUCCUCGUCAACUGGUUCGAGCGGUUCCCGGAGUAUAAGGGGAGGGACUUCUUCAUCACCGGCGAGAGCUACGCCGGGCACUACGUCCCCCAGCUCGCCCAUGCCAUACUCCAUUACAAAGAUCGCCUCAUCAACCUCAAAGGCAUCGCGAUCGGGAACGCAGUGAUCAACGAGGAGACGGAUAGGAAGGGGAUGUUCGACUAUUUCUGGACGCACGCGUUGAUUGCCGACGAGACAAUCGUCUCGAUCCACAAGUUCUGCAAUUUCUCGCUGGAUACGCAGCAGCAGCCUCCGGAGUGCGACCGAGCUGUCGACGAGGCGAGCCGUGUCUUCGAUGAAGUGAACAUCUACAACAUAUACGCGCCGCUGUGCUUCUCGUCGGGCGUGACGCCGACUCCAAAGUUGCCUUCGAUUUGUCUCUUGCAAGCAUCUUUAUAUUUAUCCUCAUUUUCAUGGUAUUUUCAGAGUCAAUUUAGAUCGAUCGAUUCAACCUGGAUAUGGUUUGUAGCCAAGUUAAUUGUAAAAAAUCAUAGAACUAACAGAUUCGAUCUUAUUGAGAAUUUUGAUCCCUGUACUUCUAAUUACGUGGAGGCAUAUCUUAAUAAUCCUGCGGUACAGAAAGCUCUACAUGCAAAUGUGACAAAGCUCAACUACACUUGGUCUGGUUGUAGCCAAGUGAUACCAAGUUGGUCGGAUCAACCUUCCACAAUGUUGCCAAUUAUUCACGAAUUGUUAUCUAAUGGGAUUAGGGUUUUGAAGUACAGUGGUGACUUUGAUGGAAGAGUUCCUGUUACUUCCACAAGAUACUCCCUCAAUAAGCUAAAGCUUAAAGUGAAAGCUUCAUGGAGAGCUUGGAUGCUUAACAGUGAGGUCGCGGGAUACACUGUAGUGUAUGAUCACAAUUUGACAUUUGCCACUGUUCGAGGAGCCGGACAUGAGGUUCCAAGUUAUCAGCCAGCUCGAGCUCUGGAGAUGAUCAAAAGUUUUUUUCAAGGGCUGCAUCUCCCGGUUGCUUAAGGGUUUCAACAGAGAACCAAUCCAUUUAUUUUUA